GUAGCGCUGAAAGAAGCAGGCAGGUAUCAUAUUCCCAUGGCAUAAUCGUUCCUUCGUUCUCACGAAAGGGAACAGCAAACCCUCUUCUCAGUUCCGAGCCCUUUCUCCUCCUCCGUAGGAAAGAGAGGCGAAGAUCUCAGCGUCAGAGAGAGUCUUCUUUUCCUCCAUCGGAAAGAGAAUCAUGGACGGGCAAGAUGGAAACCAACAGCCGCAGCUGGUGCUUGCCCACAAGCUAUUCCUCCUCACUCACCCUGAUGUUCCUGACCUCGACAAGAUCCGUCUCCGUGAGGAGGUUUUUUCUUCCGUCAAAUCCAACGACAUGGUUCCUCUCUACGAGUCUCUCGCUGCAGACUCCAUAUUGGAGAUGGACCAGGCUGUACUAGAUUCGAUGCGUGCAAAGAUCGAAGACGAGCUCAAGAAGCUCGAUGAGAAGAUCGCUGAUGCAGAGGAGAACUUGGGGGAAAGUGAAGUGCGAGAAGCCCAUCUGGCCAAAUCCUUGUUUUACAUUAGAAUCAGUGACAAGGAAAAGGCACUGGAGCAACUCAAAUUAACAGAAAGCAAAACGGUUGCUGUGGGUCAAAAGAUGGAUUUGGUGUUUUACACCUUACAGCUUGGAUUUUUCUAUAUGGAUUUCGAUCUCAUCUCUAAGAGCAUUGAUAAAGCUAAGAACUUGUUCGAGGAGGGAGGUGAUUGGGAAAGGAAGAAUCGUUUGAAAGUUUAUGAAGGCUUGUACUGCAUGUCUACCAGAAAUUUUAAGAAAGCGGCUGAUCUUUUUCUGGAUUCUAUAUCUACCUUCACAACCUAUGAGCUUUUUACAUAUGAUACCUUCAUUUUCUACACAGUCCUUACAAGCAUCAUAUCACUGGACAGGGUUUCACUCAAGCAAAAGGUGGUGGAUGCCCCAGAAAUCUUGACGGUGCUUGGCAAAAUUCCGCAUCUCUCAGAGUUUCUUAACUCUCUUUACGGAUGCCAGUAUAAAUCAUUCUUUUCAGCAUUUUCUGGUUUGACGGAGCAAGUAAAAUUAGAUCGAUAUUUACGGCCCCAUUUCAGAUAUUACAUGAGGGAAGUCCGCACCGUAGUUUAUUGUCAGUUUCUGGAAUCUUAUAAAAGCGUGACAAUGGAAGCAAUGGCAAAUGCAUUUGGAGUGACUGUGGACUUCAUUGAUUUGGAACUUUCUCGUUUCGUAGCGGCAGGGAAACUUCAUUGCAAGAUUGACAAAGUCGCCGGUGUCUUGGAGACGAACAGACCUGAUGCGAAGAAUGCUCUUUAUCAGGCGACUAUCAAACAAGGGGACUUCUUAUUGAACAGGAUCCAGAAGCUGUCCCGUGUCAUUGACCUGUAAGAUUUAAAACCAUUAGUCCCUUAACCAUUAGCUUCCAGUUAGAAGUUUGCCUAGAAACAUUUUGGGGGACCGAGGAAAUGCUGUUUGUUUUGUUUUGUUCUGUGAUCUUUAAUACAUUUUAGUCAAUUUUCUCCCCCAGAAGGUUGGAUUUAAUGCUGAUGCAUGUAUAUCAUACAUUUGAAUACAUGGGCUUUUAAGAACGAGCUAAAAUAUUGGUUCAGAAGUUAA